UGUCUGUAGUGAUCGCAAAAGUGUGGUGUUGCGUCGUCUCUUGUUUUUAUUAUUAUUAACUAUUUGAAGAAAUAAAGUUCAUCACUGGCAAAAUGGGGAAUUAUUUUACUAUAAACAUGGAAGAAAAUUUCAAAAAGAAUCAAGAUUUUAUUCAGACAAUUAAUAAAAUCAAGAUGGAAAGACAGAUUCAGUUACAAUAUCAACUGCAAGAGCGACAAAUGGCAAUGCAAAUUGCUAAAAAUAGAGAUACAUGUCUUUGGAUGACAACUUUUUACAUUACCGCAGCCACUGGUUUAUUCACAGGACUCAGGAGGUAUUCAAUAAUUUUCAGGAGAACAAAGAGGCCCUACCUUCUGAUGCCACUAAUACCCCUUACCUUUGUGACCCUUUACUAUUGGGACCUUGCAUACGGAAACAAGAUUCAUAGGAUUAGAAUGGAAGCUGAACACAUCAUGACCCACGAAGCCGAGUAUCUGGAGUGGCCGUGCGGUCUCCCAUCUCCUUCUUCCGUCGACAUCGGACGCGAAGACGAGGAGGAGAAAAAACGAAUUCAUCCACCACUGUUAUAAACUGUUCAUAACACAAUGUUCAGGCCUGUGCCUUUAGCUUUGUAGUUGAAAAAGCGUUUAAAAUGAAAUGUCUCAGUUAGAGGAUAUCCGUAAACUAAUUACGAAUAACUACGUUUUCAUCAUUUCAUGAACUCAAUUUUUAUUAUGUAAUAUUUCGAAGAUAUAAACUGUACUCUCUCCGUUAGGCUUCUCAUCACGUUUAUAAAAAAAACUUUAAACAUAGGUAACUUCGUACAUUUUCCAGUGAUAUUAAACUUUGGAUGUUUUUCUAUAGAUAUUAUAAAUUAAUCAAAAGAUCUAAAAAAUGAUCUCUAGAAAGAAGUACCUAACUAUCUUAACACUGGUACGAAUGUUUGAAUCUUAUAAACCCCAAAAAUUGUAUUACAUUCCUAUUGGUAACCUAAACUAAGAUUAUCCAAAGUGCAACAAUGUUACAUGAGGUGAUAGGAAGGAAGCAGGUUACGGUAGCAUCGUUCCAAAAUGGAACAUCUCAGCUCGUCGUCUUUUUCUAAUAGGUAAAAUAUAUUCCAUUAAAAUUCAAAUAAAUUUAUUCAAUAAAUAAAAAGUGACUAGUAUGUACAAUCUUAAACAAUUAAAAUAUAAAAAUUAAAACUAAAGUACCUUAAAAAUUUAAAUAAAACUAAAUUAAAAUAUAUAAACUAAUAAAAAAGACCUCCGCGAGCUGUACCGGGUGCAAAGGUGCCCAUCAAACUUGCCGCAUUGCCACGUUGGAUGGCAAUGGACAACCUUUGCACCAGGUACGAUCCCGCACGAGCAUCGGAGGUCCUUUCCCUCAGCUUAAGUCCCAACUCCCGUAUGAACGCUAUGGCCUCUGACCCCCAACACCCCGUUGUCUCGAAGGCGACGGGAACGAAAUAAUAUUUCGCCUCGAGCGCAGAAUAUUUUGCUCUUUUUAGCAGAGC